UAGGCAGCUUUGACAGGGCGAUUGAGAAGGGUAAAUAUUGGGAAGAUGAAUGGUUGAAGUCAGUUGACAUGGAUGGUGCUUUGUCUAUAACUUACUUACCCAAUGAGAUAAUAGAACAUAUCCUAGAAAGUGAAUGUUUAACGGCGAAAGAUUUAUGCAACUUUGAAGCAACAUGUACCAAAUUCAGAAACCUACUCAUCAACAACAAUAAGCUGUGGAAAAUCAAGUUUCAUCAAUCGUGGCCACGACUUGUCUGCAAUUCGAAACGGCACUAUGUUGCUGAUUGGAGAACGGAGUUUAAAACCAGACUCCACUUUGGGUGGAAGGUUAGACAACUGUUAUCACAAAUGUCUGCAAAGUUUUACAAAAAGGAGGACAUUUCUCAUGCACAGCUGUCAGAUUUUUGGGCUUUGCUGGAACAUCAUCCACAUGCUUAUCCUUUCAUGAUCAGUGAACUGAUGCUGAUACUGUAUGACCAUAGUGUUAGCACAGAUCUGACUUUGAAGUACUAUGCUGAGAAGGUUACUCGCUUGGUACGCCAAGCACAUUUGACUAAGAAGUGGAAGAAUUUCAUUGCAUUACCUCCUGAGCGCCAGAUCCUGGAGCGUGGGGCAACAAUGGUAGCACAAUGGUGUCAACCUCUUAUAGAGGUUCCAUACCAGUCUAUUGCUACACAGCUUGAUUCAAUAGCUGCUCGUGCUAAAGAAGUAUUGCAAGAAGAACACCCGAAUCAUCCCCUUUUAUCAGCAUCUGUUGAGGACCUGCACCGUUUCCGGGAGUGCAAUAUUCCAGAUAAUCAGUGGAAGCCAAGUGAAUCACAAGAAGUCCUCAGUGCUGUAUGCCAUGUUCUGUUCCAGGAGAUGGGAUUCCAUGGCAACAGUACAAUGUAUUAUUCUGCAGAUAAUUCUUACAUUGACAAGAAUAUGGAACGUCGCCUAAGGGAUCAAGCUGAACACAUAAUGCAGAUGUUGCAAGUUUAUGAAACACACAGAACGUAUGUCCAAAGUUCUCCUGAGACCACUGAUGAUGCUUUGACAAAAUGCAAAGCAAACUGCAUCUGGGGCAAGAAUAAGAUUGAACCAAAAUUACGUGACCCCACUGUACAAUUUGCUGUUGGAAUGAUCAUGAAGCAUCGACUCUUCAACUACAGAUGUGUAAUCUAUGGAUGGGACCUGUUAUGUAUGGAAUCAAAGGAGUGGAUUACGCAGAUGGGUGUUGAUAACCUCAGCAAAAAAGCAGAUCAACCAUUUUAUAAUGUUCUUGUAGAGGAUGGAUCAACAAGAUAUGCAGCCCAAGAAAAUCUUGAGAUCUGUAUGGAGCCAGCCUACAUUCCCCACUCAGAAGUUGGCCGGUACUUCGAUCGUUUUUGUGUGACAUACUUCCAACCAAACACAGAGAAGGAAGAGGAAUAUCCACAAGAUUCGGAGGUCCGCAUGCGUCUAUUGAGGGAAGUGGGUAUUCCCUGCUUGGAGCAGGCACGUGAAAUGUGAUAGAACAAAAUUCUGCAAUAGUACAAUUGUCACAAACUCACACUCUAUUUAUUAUGCAGUUGUAAGGAUUUUCAACUGAAUUGGAUUUUUUGAUCACGAGAUUGGUGAUUUUAGGAGCGUGCAACCAAAUGAAGUUAUAUGCACUGUGCAAUAAAGUCAGCUUUUCAUACUUAGAUUAUAGUAAGUACUGCUUUGUGACUGGUCAUCUAAAUGUGAAAAUGAAUAUACUAUUGAAAAUUUUAAAAGUUAUGCCUCUUAGAAAAUCUACUUCCAGAUUUCAGAAUUUGAUUAGUGGUACACAGAAAUUGGAAGAUGACUCUAGGCACGUUCCCGCAUUCUUUCAUCUUGUCCCUGCUUCUUCGUUAAAUGCAAAAAUAGCAUAUCCAUAUUUAUACACAACAGGGGUUUAGUCAUCUAAAUGCUGAAGUACUUGUCUUAAAUUUCAUAAAUAUAUUCUCCUCUUAUUUAAUGUUUAUCUUUAUGUAUUAAUUAUUCAUGUGAGAAUAUCUCCAGUGCUGUUUAUUUGCCAAAAUCAUCUAUUACAAUUCAUAAAAAAUGGUUUUCUUAAUCGGUGGUAUAAUUAUUAAACGAGCUAUUCCUGGCAUUGCAUAAUUUCAUUUCACUAUUCUAUGAAAAGACUUCCACAAUGUUUAAAAGUGGAACAGAAGUGUUUGUCCUUCAAUAAUGUUAUUUUCCUCUUUGCAAAUUGUGUGGUAUGUGAAUGGAACACUGUAUCGGUUGCAAAAUAUCUGUGAAGUUUAUUGCUCAAGGGCUUUCAUGAUGUGAUACAUGAAGACACCAUUUGUCAAAAUCAAAUUUCAAAAACAAAGAUUUCCUUGUAAUAUAUUCUAAUAGAAAAACAUGUACAGAGAACUUCAUUUAAUGAAGUGAAACAGAAGUCUGGAAGAAGCCAGGAAAUACUGCAUUGUUAUGGUUUACUACUGCUAUGGAACCGGGUAAAACAGCAAUAUGUGUGUUUGUGUGUUGCUAAAGAUUUCCAUUUUGUUUUGAAAUUUAAAUGGUGUUGCUUAAUAUAGUACUAGCUUUUUCUCGUGAAAUAUUAAACAGUAAAUAAAGCUUGUUUUGGUAUAAGUUAAAAGGAAUUGGGUAGAAAUGAAGGACCUGAUUCCACUGAAUACCUCAUAGUUGCUUGGAUAACUGUAAAUAUUAUUGUAUAACUUUAUUAGCUGACUGGUUUGUGUUUGAGAAGUUAUGAAUGCACAGGACAGAUAUUUUCAUUUUGUCAGUUAUAUUAACUAAUUACACUGAAGAUGUGGCAUUGAAGCCAAACUUAACUAAGAGGCCAUAGUUAUUUAAUGUUAAAUUUAUGGUUGCCAGAAUUUAUAAAUAAUGCAACAGUGAUCAUUUUGUGUGAUUAUUUUGAUAAUAGUCAGUGCUCAAGUACAGACUAUCAUGUUCACAUAGCACACCUGUUUAAAUUCUGCGUGUAUCUAUCUAGGGUAAAUAACAAUUUACAUUCUGGAAAUCUUAAUAGAUCAAAGAAAUUUUAAUACCAUUAAGUGAUUCAGUGUAGUUGUUGCUGAUGUUAAAUUUGUUUCUUUCUUUGUGUGUUAAAAAGCUGCUUGCUCAUGAUCAUGCACCACAUGGAACAUGGUGGCUCACUUAUUAUCAAGACUCACUGAACGGCAGCAUUUAAUUUUUGUUAGUUACACUACUUUGGUUCCUUAAAAAAAGACUGAAAGAUUGUGUGGAAAUUCAAGCAUAGGGAAGAAAUUUACAGAAGUUUUGUUAAUGUACAAAAAAAUAUUAUGGCUCUGUACAUGUGUAUGCAAUUUAUGAACUUCCUCUGCAAUUUUCUGUUGUCUGAAAUAAUGUAACUGGUUAAACAAGCAGAUCAUUCAUAUCUUUGAAAUAAUGGAAUUUUAUUACAAUUGUUAUAAAGUUAUUGAUGUAUGGGAGUUACUACAUGUAAGUGUACAAAAUAAA